AUGAGUGCCAUUGCUGCAAAUAUUUCUGGUAUUUGCGCCAAGGAUUUGAUAAGUGGUGAAGCGAAAUAUCAUUCUUCAUGCUACAAAGCUUUUGUUCACAUUAUGUACGAGACUGAUGAAGCCGUCAAUAAUCCCACUGAAGCUAUGGGGAAUAAUAAUGGUGAGGUGUAUGAAGCUGUCUACUCCUUCUGUGAAGCCUUAAUAUCAAACCCAAGAGUCGUAGAAUUUAAAGAAGUUAGGAAUGUCCUAUCAGACGAGGAAGAUAAAUUGGGUGUGGUAGUAACACAGUCACAAUAUAAAAACCUCUUGCGUCUGAUAUCUAAUAAAUUCGAACAGCUAGUAUUUCUUAAUUACCAACAAAAUAAAGUUCUGAUGUAUCUCUCCACCUUAAAAUUAGAGACAGUCGUAGUCGAAAACUUUGAGCUUAAAAGUGACGUUGCAAAUCAAACAUCCUUGGAUGAAAAUUCAAAAACAGUAAUCAACGCAGCGAAAAUUCUCAACGAGAAAAUAAAAUACCAUCCCCGUGCAAUGGCGUGGCCCCCCGAGGAAAAAGAUCUAGGUAUUGAUAAGGUAGCCGACUGUGUUCCUGAAUUGUUAGAUACCUUUUGUACCAUCCUUUUGUCUGGCCAGUUAUUGGACAGGGACAAAAGCAGGUCUGACCGCAUUGUGCGCCUAAAGAACUCAUUAGCACAGGACAUUGUCUACUCCGUAUCUAACGGAGCAAUUAAGACGCCUAAAAGUGUACUUUUUCCAUCUGUGGUAAAAGCCUUGUGUAAUAAUACAGAAGUUGUUAAACUUAUUAGUAGAUGUGGCCAUGGAAUCGGUUAUAAUCUUGUUGAAGAAAUCGAGACGGAAUUUGCGCUUAAAGCAAUUAACGAACAAACGUUAAAUCGUGUUCUUAUCCCAGAUGAAUGCAAACAGUUCAACAACCUACCCGUCGCACUCAUGGUAGCGGACAACAUUGAUAACUUGGAAUGUACGAUGAGUGGAGCCGGCACCUCCCACCGGGUGAAUUCCAUUCUUGUUAUGAAACGACAGCCUCAAGAGACAUUUGAGGAGAACCUAGAGGGCGACGGUGAACAAUACCACCCCCCGGUGAAACGGAAAUGCAAACGAUCUUUAUCAGCAGAUGUAAUUACCAGAGAGAUUCAGGAUUACUAUGGAGGUAGGCGGGUCGGCCCAGGAGUCCUGUCACACAUACAACACCUCGGUAUUACCUCAUCCUACGAGAAAAUGUCAAGGAAACUGCACAUUCACUAUCUCGUGUGGAUCGAACUGAGGAAGCUGAAGACUCAUCCGUUGCUGCUUGUUCGCAGCUGGACCGGAUUCUUCAUAAAGAUUCGCGACAAAGUCGCUGUCAUUCAAAGCACAAUGGGAUACCUCGACACACUGGACUCGCCAGCCACAGAUCUUAAGAAGGCGUAUGAGGUACUCUGCCGCGGACGUGAAAUCAAAAACAAGCUUCAGCUGAAUGCAGUAGCUUGCGUAUUUGAUCAGGCGUUCUAUGCGAAGUGCUUUGGAAGCAGAAAGAACAAUUUGAAGGUUCAUUUGUAA